GGGCGGUGCGGUGCGGAAGCGGAAGUGGAGGGUGCGCUUGGCGGCGGCGGCGGGAGCUGCGGAGUCGGGAAUCAAAACAAAGGGCCUGGGGGGGGCGGGGGGAAGGCGGCGGGGCCGGAAUGUGAGCGGAGGUGGAGCCCGCGGCUGAGGGUGGAAGAAUGAAAGAAAAGAAAGAUGAAAGAAUGUUGAACCACUUUGUAUGGCUGUAUGAUGGAAGGAAGCGGAACUGAGGACUCCUGCAGUAGAACACCUGGAUGGCUGCAACAAAAUAAUGAUGCUAAGCCAUGGCUUUGGAAAUUCUCUAAUUGCUUUUCUCGUCCUGAGCAGACAUUGCCACUUAGUCCCCAAACGAAAGAGUACAUGGAGAACAAGAAAGUUGCUGUGGAAUUAAAGGAUGUGCCAUCUCCCCUUCAUGCUGGCUCUAAACUUUUUCCAGCAGUCCCACUUCCAGAUAUCCAUUCUCUUCAGCAACCUAAAAUACAGCUUUCACCUGUCCCCAAAGUAAGCUGCUGUGCUCAUUGCCCUAAUGAACCCUCCACGUCGCCAAUGCAUUUUGGUGGUGGCGGUGGUGGCGGUAGCGGAGGUACUGGUAGCUUGAUUCACCCCGGCGCACUGUUAGACUCGCAGAGCACCAGGACCAUCACGUGUCAGGUAGGGUCAGGGUUCGCUUUCCAGUCUGCGUCUUCACUCCAGAAUGCCUCAGCUAGGAACAAUUUGGCCGGCAUUGCAAGUGACUUUCCCAGCAUGUGUCUAGAAAGUAAUCUCUCUUCCUGCAAACACCUGCCCUGUUGUGGGAAGCUUCAUUUCCAAUCAUGUCAUGGUAACGUGCACAAGCUGCAUCAGUUCCCGGCUCUCCAGGGCUGCGCCUCUGCUGGCUAUUUCCCCUGUUCUGAUUUCACAAGCGGGGCUCCAGGGCAUUUGGAAGAGCACAUUUCACAGUCGGAGCUAACGCCUCACUUGUGCACCAAUUCUUUGCACCUAAAUGUGGUACCUCCGGUUUGUUUAAAGGGCUCACUUUACUGCGAAGACUGUCUCAACAAGCCGGCAAGAAAUAGUAUAAUUGAUGCUGCUAAAGUCUGGCCAAAUAUACCACCUCCAAAUACUCAAACUGCACCUGUUACUAUUCCUCUGUGUAAUGGCUGUGGAACCAAAGGAACAGGGAAGGAGACCACGUUGUUAUUGGCGACCAGUCUAGGCAAAGCUUCUUCGAAAUUUGGGUCACCAGAAGUUGCACUAGCCGGACAGGUGCUGGAAAACUUACCCCCCAUUGGAGUUUUUUGGGAUAUUGAAAACUGUUCAGUUCCCUCUGGCCGUUCAGCUACUGCUGUUGUACAGAGAAUCCGUGAGAAGUUUUUUAAAGGCCACAGAGAAGCAGAAUUCAUCUGUGUGUGCGACAUUAGUAAAGAAAACAAAGAAGUUAUUCAAGAGCUGAAUAACUGCCAGGUAACCGUUGCCCACAUCAAUGCUACAGCAAAGAAUGCGGCUGACGAUAAGCUCCGCCAGAGUCUCCGAAGGUUCGCGAACACGCACACUGCUCCGGCCACUGUGGUUCUUGUGUCAACUGAUGUCAAUUUUGCAUUGGAACUCAGUGACCUGAGACACAGGCAUGGUUUCCACAUAAUUUUGGUCCAUAAAAACCAGGCCUCAGAAGCACUGCUGCAUCAUGCCAAUGAGCUGAUCAGAUUCGAAGAGUUCAUUUCUGACCUGCCCCCCAGGUUACCACUAAAAAUGCCACAGUGCCACACUCUGCUCUAUGUUUAUAACCUACCAGCAAAUAAAGAUGGCAAGAGCAUCAGCAACAGGCUCAGGCGCCUGUCUGAUAAUUGUGGUGGGAAAGUGCUGAGUAUCACAGGCUGCAGUGCGAUUCUCCGCUUCAUAAACCAAGAUAGUGCGGAACGGGCUCAGAAGCGAAUGGAAAAUGAAGAUGUCUUUGGUAAUAGGAUCAUUGUGUCAUUUACUCCAAAAACUAGAGAACUCUGUGAGACAAAGAGUUCCAGUGCAAUUGCCGAUAAAGCGAAGUCUCCCAAAAAACUUAAGAAUCCAAAAUUGUGCCUCAUCAAAGAUACAAGUGAACAAUCUUCCAGUGCCAAAGCCACGCCUGGAAAAGGGUCGCAGGCAAAUUCUGGAUCUACUACAAAAAACACAAAUGUUAAAAGUUUACAGGAGCUGUGCCGCAUGGAGUCGAAGACUGGGACUAGAAACAGUGACUCCCAGCAAGGUAACCCGAGGCUGGCAGCACCUCCUCACAGAGGCUUGAGUGCUGCGGCGCCCGCGCCUAAAAACUCGGGGACGGCAGAGUCUGCUUGCAAAACCAAUCUGAGAAAAGAGAACCUCUGUGCCCGAAGUGUCACCAGUUCUCCCAUAGAGAAAAAAGAUAAAGAGGAGACCCCGUUCCAAGUGAGUUACCCAUCGGCUUUUAGCAAGUUGAUCGCAUCAAGGCAAGUCAGUCCUCUGCUCACCGCACAGUCAUGGUCUUCUCGGAGUAUGUCUCCAAACCUUUUAAACAGAGCGUCCCCACUUGCUUUCAACAUUGCAAAUCCAAGCAUUGGUGCCGACAGCCCAGACCCAUUUGCAAAUGGUGCUGACAUCCAGAUCAGCAACAUCGACUACAGGUUAUCCCGGAAGGAGCUGCAGCAGCUCAUGCAGGAAGCGUUUUCUAGGCACGGCAAGGUGAAGAGUGUUGAGCUCAGCCCCCAUACAGAUUAUCAGCUCAAGGCUGUUGUUCAGAUGGAGAACUUACAAGAAGCAAUCAGUGCGGUGAAUAGCCUCCACAGAUACAAAAUUGGCAGCAAGAAGAUCCUGGUCUCACUUGCCACAGGAGCUGCUAAUAAAUCACUCUCUUUACUGAGUUCAGAAACAAUGUCUAUUCUUCAGGACGCUCCUGCCUGCUGUCUGCCUCUUUUUAAAUUUACAGAUCUCUAUGAAAAAAAGUUUGGACACAAGUUGAAUGUGUCAGAUUUAUAUAAAUUAACAGACACGGUCGCAAUCCGUGAACAAGGGAAUGGCAGACUGGUGUGUCUCCUACCCAGCAGUCAGGCCCGGCAGAGCCCCUUGGGGUCUUCCCAGUCACAUGAUGGCUCCUCGACGAAUUGCAGCCCAAUUAUAUUUGAAGAGUUAGAAUAUCACGAGCCUGUCUGCAGACAGCAUUGUUCCAAUAAGGACUUCAGUGAACAUGAAUUUGAUCCAGACUCCUAUAAGAUUCCUUUUGUGAUUCUCUCUUUGAAGACAUUUGCGCCCCAGGUUCAUAGUCUUCUGCAGACACACGAGGGCACCGUGCCUUUAUUAAGCUUUCCAGAUUGUUAUGCUGCCGAGUUUGGUGAACUGGAAGUAGUGCAGGAGACUCAAGGGGGUGUUCCCUUGGAACACCUCAUCACCUGUGUUCCGGGUGUCAACAUCGCCACUGCACAGAAUGGCGUCAAAGUGGUCAAAUGGAUUCACAACAAGCCCCCGCCUCCCAACACGGACCCUUGGCUUCUGCGGUCUAAAAGUCCUGUGGGCAACCCCCAGCUGAUCCAGUUCAGCAGGGAAGUGAUUGACCUGCUGAGGAGCCAACCGUCCUGUGUCAUCCCCAUUAGUAAUUUCAUCCCGUCCUACCACCACCAUUUUGCAAAGCAGUGUCGGGUAUCAGACUAUGGAUAUUCCAAGCUGAUAGAAUUAUUGGAAGCUGUGCCUCAUGUAUUGCAGAUUCUCGGAAUGGGCUCCAAACGUUUGUUGACCCUUACCCACAGGGCCCAGGUGAAGCGCUUUACUCAGGAUUUACUAAAACUUCUCAAAUCCCAAGCCAGCAAACAGGUCGUCGUAAGGGAGUUCUCACAGGCUUAUCAUUGGUGUUUCUCAAAAGACUGGGAUGUCACCGAAUACGGUGUUUGUGAGUUGAUCGAUAUCGUAUCAGAGAUACCAGACACAACCAUCUGCUUGUCCCAACAAGAUAAUGAAAUGGUGAUUUGUAUCCCCAAGAGAGAGCGUACCCAGGAUGAAAUAGAAAGGACAAAACAGUUCUCCAAGGAUGUUGUUGAUUUGCUACGGCACCAGCCGCACUUCCGGAUGCCCUUUAACAAAUUUAUCCCUUCCUACCACCACCACUUUGGCCGGCAGUGCAAACUCGCAUACUACGGGUUCACCAAACUACUUGAACUUUUUGAAGCCAUACCUGAUAUUUUACAAGUAUUGGAAUGUGGAGAAGAAAAGAUCCUCACUUUGACGGAGGUGGAACGAUUCAAAGCUUUGGCUGCCCAGUUUGUCAAACUCCUUCGGUCCCAAAAAGAUAAUUGCCUUAUGAUGACAGAUCUGCUUACAGAAUAUGCUAAAACUUUUGGUUACACAUUUCGUCUCCAAGACUACGAUGUCAGUUCAAUUUCGGCUUUAACACAGAAACUCUGCCAUGUGGUAAAGAUUGCUGACAUGGAGUCUGGCAAACAGAUUCAGCUGAUCAACCGCAAGUCCCUGCGCGCCCUCACUGCCCAGCUACUGGUGUUGCUGAUGUCUUGGGAAGGAGCCUCCCACCUUUCUGUCGAUGAGCUCAAGAAACAUUAUGAAACUACCCACAGUGCUCCCCUCAACCCCUGUGAAUAUGGAUUCAUGACCUUGACUGAACUUCUGAAGAGUCUGCCCUACUUAGUGGAGGUUUUCACUAAUGAUAAGACAGAGGAAUGUGUGAGGCUCACGAACCUGUAUUUGUUUGCCAAGAAUGUGCGGUCUUUACUUCAUACUUACCACUACCAGCAGCUUUUUCUCCAUGAGUUUUCCGUGGCCUAUACCAAGUAUGUCGGAGAAACACUGCAACCCAAGACCUAUGGCUACAGUAGCGUGGAAGAGCUCUUGGGAGCAAUCCCUCAGGUGGUCUGGAUAAAAGGACAUGGUCAUAAGAGAAUUGUAGUGUUAAAAAAUGACAUGAAAAGUCGUUUGAGUUCACUCGGGCUUGCCCCCACCCAUCCUGAAAACCAGCCCUCGGCCACAGAGUGCUUCCCGGAGGUGCCCAAAUCUCGCACAGCCGUGGAACUCGAACUUGGAGCAGGCAGCGAUGGGCCCCACCAGACAGAGCAGGAGCUUCUCCGCCUGACCAACGACUCCCCUGUGGACCUUCUGUGUGCACCCGUCCCUUCGUGCCUGCCGUCCCCUCAGCUGAGACCAGAUCCUGUCAUCCUCCAAUCUGCUGAUCUCAUUCAGUUUGAGGAACACCCUCAAGAGCCUUCUGAAAUUAUGAUUUUAAACCAAGAAGAGAACAUUGAAAUUCCAGUACCAGUAAAGAACAACAGCCCAGCCUCGGACUCCAGCUUCUCUGGCAUCUCAGCAGCUGUCCCAGUGCCUCCCUGCCCCUCCUCAGAAACCUCAGAGUCACUGCCCAGCAAGGACCCCGUGGAAAGCCCAGCCAAAAAGCAACCCAAAAAUAGAGUAAAAUUGGCAGCCAAUUUUUCCUUUGCACCUAUAACCAAGCUUUGACUCGCGUUUUGACAUAGAAUUAGGCUGGGGAAACACUGUCUGAUUCUGCACACAAAAGUGGGUUCGAAAAACACAGCCUUUUCUGUUUCAAUGCAAACCCCCUAGAAGCCAGUUCAUCUUCAGAUGUAUCCCAUAAUGUUUGGUUUCUUUUACAUUGAACACAGCUUUAGAGCUGAAGUAUUUCUUUCUUUUGCUCCUC